GACGCUUACGACACUUACUCAAUUCCGACCGAACCCUCGAAACAAGACAUACCUGGCACCUCGCAUAAUCGCCCCCAUCUCAGACGCAUCAUCUCACCCCGAACUCGCAGCCGCUCCCGGGAACCGCUCGACCGGCACAGCAGCCAUGUCGGCGUGGUACAGCAACAUCGUCGGCGCGACGAGCUCCAAGAUCUCGAACCUGCAACGCACGUUCCUAAACAGCGAAGCCGACGGCGACACUGAGGACGACACUUACGUGUGCCGGGUCCUGCGCUCAUACUAUACCGAAAAGGGGCAGUCAUUCCCCGGCUGGCUACCCCCCGACCCGAAAGCCCCUCCCCCCGUCGCUGCCGUCUACGCUCAGCCUGCCUCCGUCGGUUCACGGUACGGUGGUCUCACCCAGCAGCCUCAGGGUGGCGGGUUAAGUUCCCUUUGGGACAAUAACCCCGUGUCCCAGCCCCAAGACGCGCAGAGUUUAAGAAGGGGACGCGGAGCGCCGCCCGCGGCGAGGAUGGGAGAUCCGAGGGGCAGUAGUAGCAGCAGCAAUCUGCUCCGCACCGAUGACGUGCCCGCGAGGCCGCUGCCGAGCCAGCGCGCCGGCAGCUACCAGACCCCCGGCGGAAACGGGUACGCGAGGGACACGGGGACGGCGCCGCCGGCGACGGGCGGGUCAGCGCAGGACCGGUUGAAGCAGAGGUUAUUCGGGGGAUCGCGGACGGCGAGUCCCGCAGGAAGCGGUCCAUUUAACCCACCGCCGCAGCAGGGCGGGUCUAGGGGUGGUGGUGGUGAUAGCUACGAGGAUAGGUUUACGCCAGGAGGCAUGUACGAUGGAGGGAGCGGGGGCCGAUCCGCAGGAAGACGGCCCGGCAUUUCGGGCGGCGGAGGCUUACCGAGCGGGCCGCGAAUGAGAUGAUUGCGAUGCGAUGCGACGCGAGGGGCUACGUGGGGUUGCGAGAUCAUUCCAUUCGGUGGGUAGACCGACGAGUCUGCCUAUGCUGGGGUUGGGAUUCAUUGUAGGGGGUAUGAGGCUCAGUGAGGCUAUAGCGAAAGCCGAGAUUGCGGCGGUCAGGACGUGCAUGCGGGCAACGUUGCGAUGCGAUACUACAGAACUGCAGACGGCUGCGCCCCCUUUUUUCCCGGUCCGCUCGAUUUCGGAACCCCUUCGCCUCGGCCUCGCAUCCGAAUUACCAGCGAAUAC